AUAAGCCGCGCUCUUCAGCAGCGCAAAGAAGUUGGCACGGUGGGAGGUACCUAGUUAGCGGCUCAGCGCCACAACGGAACACAGUUGCGCUGUCGACCGUUUUAUCAGACGGGAGAUGGCCGCGCGCCUGUACGCUUCGAUGACGUCACUGCUGCUGCUGUUGCUGCUGCUGCUGGCAGGCUCGCUGAGCAGGGCGGGCGAGGGAGAGGGCGAGCGCGUGGUGCGGACCCGGCUCGGCGCAGUGCGCGGCGUCUGCAAGGCGUCCAGCGGCGGCCGCCGCUUCCUCGCCUUCUACAACCUGCCGUACGCCAGGCCGCCCGUGGGACCGCUGCGAUUCAGGAGUCCGCAGCCUCCAGAUGCGUGGGUCCACAUUCGUGAUGCUACAGUGGCAGGGCCAGUGUGCCCACAAAAUUCAGCCUUCUCUCCUUCACCGAUUGGGACUGAGGACUGUCUCUACCUUAAUGUGUUCACACCAGCGCUGAAUCCAAAGCAGCCGCUACCUGUGAUGUUCUGGAUCCACGGAGGUGGCUGGUUCGCCGGUUCCGCCGUAUGGUAUGAGCCUGACUACCUAAUGGACCACGGCGUCGUCCUCGUUACUAUCAACUACCGCCUCGGCCCUCUGGGUUUCCUCAGUACUGGAGAUGAAGCUGCUCCAGGGAACUUCGGAUUGAAGGAUCAGGUGGCGGCCCUAAAAUGGGUCAAAGAAAACAUUGAAUCCUUUGGUGGCGAUCCCAACAGCGUGACCAUAUUUGGGAACAGUGCAGGAGCCGCCAGCGUGCAUUACCUCAUGCUGUCUCCUAAGGCGGAAGGCCUCUUCCAUCGAGCAAUCUCUCAAAGUGGUAUGGCGUUGUCACCGUGGGGGUUGCCAGAUCCGGCCGCAGCGGAGAAGGCGCACAGGUUGGCUACGCUGGUGGGAUGUCCUACAGAGCCGACUGCUGCACAGGUCGAAUGUCUCAGGAGUGUCGACGAAUACGAGAUCAUCGCCACUGAAGACAACUUUCAUGAAUGGAUGUUCCAUCCCUUAAUACCUUUCCGACCUGUAGUGGAAGAUGAAGGAGAAGAUGCAUUCCUUUCUCAACAUCCAGUUGAUAUGGAGCCUCAUACUGUGGUACCAUGGCUCAUGGGAGCAACAAAAGAAGAGGGAUGUUUAGUGACAGCAGCUUUCUUUUCAAAUGAGACCUUGCUACGGGAGUUUGAACGCGACAGCGACAGAUUGUUCCCGUUGACUUUACUAUACCGUUCGUCUCCAGAAGCGAAGCUCAUCACAAAGAAAAUAUAUGACUUUUACUUCCCGUCUGGCACUCUCUCUCUUACUGCUCUAACACAAUUGUACACGGAUGGCUAUAUUACUUGGAAUACAGAUGACGUGGCAAGAAAGUACAAGGGCAGAGCUCCCGUGUACCUGUACCUGUUUUCGUACAACGGCAAGUUCAGUCUGUCGGUAUCGUAUGGAGCUCAGGACAAGGACGUAGGUGCAUGCCACGGAGACGACUUAUAUUAUUUAUUUUCAAACCUCACAUUCUGCCCAGUAACCGGUGAAGUUCCUGAGAAAGACCAGGAGAUUGUAAGAUUAAUGACCAAACUAUGGACAAACUUUGCAACAACUGGGAAUCCAACGCCCAACGAAGAACCACUACAUUGGCCAAGAGUCACGUCGGAGGCACACUUGGAAUAUCUGGACAUAGGUCAGACGCUGGAAGUCAAGACUGAUCUGAUGCAACAGCGAGGGGACUUUUGGAGGUCGUUGCCUCUUACACACCAUCACAGUGCAGUUAAGGAAGAGCUAUAAGCAAAUUUGUGACUUCUGUCGGCACUGAUUUAGCAGUGACAGGUGUGCCACAGUUCUGAGUGUAAAAAUGUAAAAUAUAAACGAUGGGUGGUAUGUUUGAUUAUGCCUGCGCUGCUGCUGCGAAUGUCAUCAAUUUUUCGAUUAAAAAUUGAAAAAGUAAAAAAAAA